UCGGCCGCACCGAUUGUUUGCGUAAAUUGUAGAAACCCCCGCGGCCGAUCGAAACCCCGUGUCAAUACUAUGCUCCGUUGCACAUGAGCUCGUCUCAUUCUUACUCUGCUGAAUAUUCAGACCGUGUAGUGAAAAACUCAGCUAUUUUUAGAUUUUAUGUAUCUUCAGUUCGGCGCUGUUACAUGGAAGUUUGACUGUGAUAACAUCGUGACAUUUUACCAAUUUUAUGUACUCAUGUUUAGUGUUGUGUUAUGGUUUAGUGGUUCAAUAAUUGAAUAACACCUGUGAUAUGGAUAUUAAAUAAACACUAAGGCAUACAUAUUUUAGGUGACAAUAAUAAGCCAGUGUCAGUAAAAAUAGAGAAAGUUGUGAAUUGCGAUGGUUAAGUUUCACCCUUGUGUAUUUAUCGGCACUUGAUUUCGUAACUUUCGUUUGAAUACACUCGUGACUUAUAACAACUUACUUAAUUGCGUAUCUGUGGUCUGCAUAAUAAAACGCUGCUGUAGGCACCAAUAUCCUAACCUAUGUGUACAAUCCACAGUAGUUCUAUCUAUACGAACAAGUGUUGGACGCUAUAUAUGUACUGGUUUAUUGACGCGUGCAUACAUUUUGAUCGCUGUUCUUUUAUUAGGGUCGAAUUUAUAUUGUCAAGGUUACCGGGGCGAACUGGAUGGAUACAAGUCGGAGCAGAGGCGUGUAAUGCCCACAUAACGAGCGACGUUACGUUUACUGUAAAUAAACAAUGACCUAAUUGACGUAUGUAGCAUAUACUCUAUUUUUGAGUCUGACUUCUUCUGUUGCUAAAACAUGCAAAAGUGAUAAACAUAAUUAAACAAUUUCACUAUAUUAAAAUACAGUAAACUAAAGAGCCGUGCCUACUUUCGACGAUUUCUACAGGGCCGCCUUUUCUCUCGACCAUCUAGUAUCUGGUUUGUAGAAAUCUCCGGUUACUAUGGUAAUGUUCCGACAGUGUGACCCUCGCUAGAUGCGAGCUACAUACAAAGAUAGUAUAUUACUAUAGUAUAGGUACUGCAUUUACUAAUUAUAGUUAGUUACCAAGAGAUUAUAAAAUGCCUUAUUACGACGAAAGUUUCAUACAUGAUGAUAAUCAAAAUCAGCGGAGAAAUAAACGAAGCUAUCGUGUUUAUAAAAAUGGAAACGCUAAAAGUACGUUUGAAUCCAGUGACGUUUUACAAGUUCUUGAAGAUAGAGGUACUUCGGUGAUCAAACGCAAUUUAAAAAAUAUCAAACAUCGUAAUAAAUAUUAUGAUUCUUCUGUUUCCACCAAACAGCCACCCAAUACAAUUGCAUAUAAGACCCCAGAUAUUAUUGUGGAUCAUUGUCCUCGGAUUACGGUGUUUAAUCCUAACAGGUGUUAUGACAUACGCAAUAAUAAUGUAGUUCCUCUAAUGUCCUGUAAGAGCUUUGACAAUUUGACAUUUAAACAACUGGGUACGAAGGAUUUGAUUGUGGAAAAGUUAAAGAACGGUACAAGUCUUCAAAAUUUACUCGGUGACGGACAGCUUAAAUAUUACGCCUCACCUUCCGAAGAACAUUUGUUAGCACCACGGAAAGAUGAUUCGAAGAAUUUUUACUCUGUCACUGAAGCCUGUCGUAGACCAAUGCAACGUCGUGUGUCAAGACCUGCUGCAGCCCCAGGGUUUGGUGUAUAUAGACAAAUCAACGGUGAAGGAAUACCAAGAAAAGAGAGCGACGUCUGUGGAGAGCCGGGUUCGGGGCACCGAGGUUCUUUGCGGGGCGCCAACAAACUGGCGCGGCGCGCGCGCUCGUUUAAAGACGACCUGCUCGAACGCAUCUCCAACAUGCGGUCCCCAGCGCAGCAGCACCAUUCGCCGCAUCUCUCGUCCGCUAUCAGAUCACAGUCCCCGCUUAGUCCGAAACUUCGGAACAUGGGCGCGAAAUCAGUUACGGCUGAUGUGGGGGAAGUCACGCCUGCCAAAGAACUGGAACGGCUAGUCAAAGAGGUUGAAGUCGGUUUGAUUCACUUUUCGGAUGUUAUUACGAAGAGGAAACUGGAAAUGCUUCCCGACAAUGGCACUAUUGUUUUCGAAUCAAUUGCAAAUAUACACAAAGCAAUAAAACCAUAUAGCGGCCAGUGUCCACCUCUAACAAGCGCUGUCAAUAAAUUGUGUACUGCAUUAGCUAUGUUGCUACGGUUGUGCGAUGAAAUCGCAGCAUUCAGUUUUCGCGCUGACGAUGGAAAAGAUGAAUUGGACAGUUCCGCAACAGCACUCUCACCCGACCACGUUAGUUCUGUUGUAAAAGCUGUCACCGGCGCGGUAGAAGAAGUAGCGAAGCUCGCUCAGCAAUAUAUGACACGGCCCGCACUCUCACCGCGGCCAGCACUCGUCUCACCUCGGUCGUCAACACAAAGAAACUCAUUACCAGAUAUUCCACUGACGCCAAAAGAGCGUUCAUUGUUAACGGGCGAAGGUGCCCCAGAGCCAACCGGUGUGCGCGCUUCUCACUCGUCGGAAUCAGUCCUAGACGCACCCGACUCGCCGCCGCCAAAGCCCGCUCGGCCCAUCCGGAAAAUCGAGUUGGCCCCACCUCUACCGCCCAAGCGGAAAUCUGCAAACGACAAUUCUCUUCUAGCGUUGUCCGUUGAUAGGUUGUCUCUCCAGUCGCACAGCAGCGGGUCUCUGGACUCUAUGCUUAAUGUGUCCAACGACGAAGAGCGCAAUGUACACGAUUCCAACAAUCAUGACCAUGUGUUCACAACGAGCAAUGAUAUUGUUGGACUGUGCAGUUGUAACAGUUCAGGCGAGGUGCGGACGUCUCUCGAGUCUUCAGAGUCGCACCUCAGCGCGGCGCACCUUCAUACGCACAACAACCACAAUCGUUUCUCAAAUGAGUCCGGAUUUGUCUCCGUGGGUCACGCGGAAAGCGCUACAGAACAGAAUUUCACAUCUUCAUUUUCUACGCAUCAUUACUCAACUCAUUCCGAUAGUCAUUUUGACAGUACAGACUGUGUGAGCGAAAUGAAGUGCACACGACAAAGCUUUGAGAGCCGCACGAAUAUUAUGAAUAUGAACAGUGUAACUACGCACUACUCUUCUAAAUUGGCAAGCAUAACGUCAGACGAGAACGAAACGCCGCCCGAACUGCCGGCCAAGAAGACACGGCGCAUCAAUCGCGCCGACAUUCAGCAACACUUCCCCAAUGUCGAAAUCAGGCAAAGUCCAGUUUGCACAGUGCAUGGUGAUGCUCGACCUCAUACUGUCGCCGAUCACAACACGCCUCGUCCGCCGCCGCUACCUCUCAAGAAAAAACACAUGUUCCAAAGCGUCGCAUACAGCGUAAUGGCGUAUAUGGAGAUGUUCGGGAAUUGUAGUCAUCCACCGAAUAAUGCGGCGGCGCCUUCCGAGAUGGUCCGGCAUUCAAUUCACACAUAUACAAUAGGCUGCGGUCAACAAAUAAACGCGGGCACCAUUACCGUACAACGUCAGCAGCAAGUGCAGCGAUCGCUCGCGCAGUCAUUCACAGUACAGCAUUUCAGCACUCCACCAAUCAGCGGAUCAGAUGACAGUAUGUUAACAUGGACGAGUACUGCCUCCAUACCGCUAGAACCACCUGCAUUACCGCCUAAAAUUAAUAAAAAUAAACAGAUACAAGUAAGCUCGAGUAACGAACUUUUGCCUCCACCGUCGCCAAGACCGUCGUCACGGCCGUCGUCACAUAACAGUUCUGCUGAUGAGUCGAUCUUAAAUACUUUGAAUUCCGAUGAAUCGUUUGUGAGUUUGCCUACGCCGGUCAAAUUUCCCGUGGAACAUGAACCGGAACAUAUACAACCGCCGGCUCCCUCCCCUGUACCUUCGCAGAAAAGCGAAAGCAGUUUAGAGCCUCCAGCGGCUCCGCCUGAACAAAAUAGCAGCCCAGCGCCCACAGACUCUGAAGAUAUUAUUUUACAGACUGAUAUUAGUUCUUGGUUGCUUCUCAAAGCACCCGCUAAAGAUGGUCCGGAGGUCCGUGGCGGCCAUCCAGACGCACUCAUAGUACUUGCAACUAAAGCUACCAAAGAAACGGACGAGUACUUCGCGUACCAGGAGGCGUUCCUGGCGACGUACCGCACGUGGGUGUCGCCCAGCGGGCUGGUGGCGCGGCUGGUGCGGCGCGCGCGCCACGUGCGGCCGCGGCAGCACGAGCUGCGCUCCACUCUCUCGCUGCUCACCAGGGUCGUUGCCGACCUCACAAUGAGCGAUCUAGAUCGUCCACUGAUGCAGGAGAUAAUGGAGUUUAUAUAUUGGCUUGUCGAUGUUGAAGAGCUUCCCAUUGCAAAAGCUUUAAGACAAAUACUAGUCGACAAACAGAAACAGUUACAUUUCCAACAGACCAACAACAGAUACGAAUACGAUAAUCCGUGCUAUGGCAGCGUGUCUCUUCGGCGUGAUACACUGCUGGAAUUCAAGUCGAAUGAGCUCGCGGAACAGAUGACUUUGUUAGACGCUGCGUUGUUUGGUCGCAUCACUACCGCUGAAGUGCUCUCGUGGCCCCGAGACCAGUCUGAGGAGAGCUCGCCCAACCUCACGAGGUUCACGGAACAUUUUAACAAAAUGAGUUAUUGGGCCCGCUCCAGGAUUUUGGAACAGAAUAAAUCCAUUGAACGGGAGAAGUACGCGGGAAAAUUCCUGAAAGUGAUGAAGGCGCUUCGCAAGAUGAACAACUUUAACUCGUACCUGGCGCUGGUGUCAGCGCUGGACUCCCCGCCCGUGCGGCGGCUGGGCUGGCCCCGCGCCAUCGCCGAUACGUUGCACGACCACUGCGCCAUCAUCGAUUCCUCCUCCUCCUUCCGCGCCUACAGACAGGCGCUCGCGGAGACACAGCCGCCGUGCAUACCAUAUAUUGGUCUAGUCCUUCAAGAUCUAACAUUUGUUCACAUCGGAAAUCCCGACCUACUUCCAGAUGGCAGCAUUAAUUUUACCAAGCGUUGGCAACAGUAUCAUAUAAUGGAAAAUAUGAAGAGGUUCCACAAAGAACAGUACAAGUUUAAGAAGAACGAACGCAUCCACGCCAUGUUCAAUGAGUUCGACGAUGUGCUGAGCGAGGAGGCGAUGUGGCAAAUCUCAGAGAUUCUAAAGCCGCGAGGCGGACGCACUCGCACCGUGUUGCCGCCGCCCGCCCCCGCGCCCGCGCCCGCGCCCGCGCCCGCCCCC